CUUAUCAAUGCUCUCCAGCGCGUGUCUGCUUCUCUACGGUAUAAACAUUUAUCUCACAUUGCAUCUGUAACAACCAUGGACGGGGUGGACGCCACUCCUCUCGUGCCAGGGCAAACGAAACUUGUUGCGCCGAAGACGCGGAGAGGGAGGCGCUUCCUGGAGGCCAGAGCACCUAAAGCGAUUGAGGAUGCAAAGCGGUGUCUCUUCCUUUACGGCAACCAGACCAGUCAGGUCAUCAAAGAUGUGAUCACGGACCUGUACCAACUGAAGCGGUUAGAGGCGGCGCGCUUCUCUCGGAAAAACGAGAACGUGCGGCCCUUUGAGCCGGGUGGCGAGACAAGCCUGGAGUUCUACUGCAACCGCAACAACUGCCCGAUGUUUGUCAUGGGCAGCCACAGCAAGAAGCGGCCGCACAACCUGGUCAUUGGCCGCAUGUUUGACUUCCACCUGUACGACGCGCUGGAGCUGGGGGUGGAGGAGUUCAAGGCCAUCAAGGACUUCGGGGCGGCGGGCACAGGCGCGCAGAUGGGCAACAAGCCGCUGAUCAUCUUCAUGGGCGAGAAGUUUGAGAGCGUGCCGGCCCUGGCGCUGGCCAAGUCGCUGCUGCUGGACCUGUUCCGCGGCGAACAGGUGGACAAGAUCAACCUGGCGGGCAUUGACCGUGUCAUCAUGGCGGUGGCCCUGGACGACGCGCGGCUGCAGUUGCGGCAGUACUCAAUCCGCUUCAAGAAGAGCGGGACGCGCAUCCCGCGCGUGGCGCUGACGGAGAUGGGGCCCACGAUGGGGCUCAGCGUGCGGCGAUACCGGCUGCCGCCCAGCGACAUGGUGGCUGAGGCAAUGAAGGUCGCUCGCACCGGCAAGAAGAAGCAAAAGAACGUGUCAUCCGACAACCUGGACGGCAAGGUGGGCCGCAUCUACAUGCCCAAGCAGAACAUGGACACGCUGGGCCUCAGCAAGUACAAGGGGACAAAGCGCGAGCGGAGAGAGAGCGCACGCGAGGCGUCGGAGGCCAAGAAGCGGCCAAAGACCGCGACCGCACCCACGACGGCUGGCGGGGACGACGAGUAAGCGCCAUGCGGAAUUGGGGCUGACAUCCGACUGUCUGACCAUAUUACAUUGCUCUUACUUACUUUGACAUCUGGGUGGCCGCUGCUUUUGCGUUUGAAGGCGGGGCCUACGACGGUUACUGAUUUCUAACUGAACAUUGCUGGCAAUCCUUGGCAUUGCAUUGUACACUAGCAAACCAACGUGUGGGUGUCGAUGUGGAAUUAGGCAGGCGUGGCGAACUGACUUGUUUUUCGGGUUAGUGCAGGGCGCCUACAGGGGCUGAGCGCUUUGGUCUUGACUCUUGUUAUGUUAUGUUGGACCUGGACUGUAACCGAUGACCAUGAUGGCAUUGAUGUGGGCGCUGGAGUGCACUAAGUUGACGUGAGCUUGCGCCGAGGGGUAGAUGGGUGAUUUUGCACCCUGACGAUAGGGGUACGCCCACAAGUCCAAUGCGUCUGCUACGCACGCUCCUGCGCAGGGCAGAUUGGGCGUGGAUACGCUCCCCGGCCUUGUAGCCAGGCAGGCUUGUGUUCCACAGCUUGUCGUCAGACGUGAGACACUGUAAGCUGUUCCAGAA